CGCUUGUGAACGCUACAGUCUAGCCACUGCUUAUUGACUUGUGUCACUUGCAUGCAUGGGUAACGUUGCCCAACUUACGCCUGCCGAGCACGGCGCCAUCUUGGCGUUUCAUAAGGCCGGUUACUCCAACCGGGUGACGGCACGCGAUAUUGGUCGCUCCAAGGAUGUUUUACGAUGCUUUCUGCGCGACCCUGACGGCUACUGCACGAAGUACAAAGGCAUGAAGCCCAAGGUUCUGGUGGGCUCUGCUGGUCGCCACUUCCUCCGCAAGGCUUCCAAGCAAGGGACGUCUGCAAGAAUCCUUAAGACGUCCCUGGAUUUGGAGGCCUCGCUGAGGACGAGCGCCUGCAACACAGCUAGACGAUGAAAUACGAGAAGCGCAAGCACACUUCACGGCUCCAAGCAAGGCACGUCAAGGCCCGACUGGAGUACGCCCAGCGCCACCUCCGAGAGUCCACCCAUUUCACUGAAAUCAUCUGGUACGACGAGAAGAAGUUCAACCUCGACGGACCGGAUGGGUUUCAGUGCUAUUGGCAUGACCUGCGCAAGGAGCCCGAUCUAGUGUCUGCAUGACCAUGUUGUCCGAAACACAGAAUUAUGGGGUGGCUUUAACCUCCUGGCGCGCACUGUAUCACGUUCGAAUUGAUCAAGGCUUGUGAACCAAGUUCAUCCUAGAUAAGGAGUACGACAACUUGAUAAGUCACCAACUAUUUAAAGUAUAAUGAACAUUUCAAAUCACGU